AUGUCCGCUCGGUUCAUCGGUGCAUAUUCCUAUCUUAUUCUCAUGUAUUCUGACAUAUCUCUGGCGCUUGCGCACAUAUUCCAUGACAUCCGGAGGAAGUCCAUAGGACUUCCGAAGGAGCGCGGGAAAGUCCGGAAGGACUAUCCGGAUCCGGAUGAGUGUGAGAAACUUCCGGAGGGGUGCGGGAAACUUCCAGAAAUUACUAUGAGGUUUCGUCCUGAAUGGAUACAGAGGAAAGGCUGCAGGGACAAAGUCCGAAGCAGAAUAGGUCCGGAGGACCGCGGGAAAGUUCCAGAGGAACUUCCGGAAACUCGGAGGAGUGUAGGAUCGGAGGAUCAGAGGAUCAGAGGAGCAGAGGAGCAGAGGAGCAGAGGAGCAGAGGAGCAGAGGAGCAGAGGAGCAGAGGAGCAGAGCUCCGGCCUAGGGAAUUCCUCCCUAGGCCUGAGAUGGAUAUUGACUAAGUCAGAGGACUAG